CAAUGUCUUACCUCAGUCCAAUAUGACCUCGAAUCCAUACAAUCCGAGAAAGGAUCAAUGGACGACAGGGACAUAUUCUGCCGCCGCGGCUUUUGUGCCUCAGUUGACACAAAAGCUUGUACAAUACCUUGAUCCGCAACCAACUGAUAGAAUCAUCGACGUCGGCUGUGGUGAUGGCAAAUUCACAGCCAAUCUCCUGAACAGAGUCGCUUACGUUUAUGGCAUCGAUGCGUCCUCCUCAUUUAUCGAGGCCGCGCAGAAUGAUUUUGGUUCCUCAAAAGCAAUGUUCAAAGUCGUGGACUGCAGGCGUCUUGAGCAGGAUCCUCACGUAAUGAAAGGAGGGUGGGAUAAGGUGGUGUCGAAUGCGGCGCUCCAGUAUAUCCUGCGUGAUCCAAAUACGCGCAUGCAUACUUUGGAAGCGUGCUUCAAAUCCUUGCGGCCCGGAGGAACAUUUGUCUUCGAGAUGGGUGGUGCUGGCAAUGUCGCUGAAGCAGCAGCUGCGAUGACGAGCGCUUUGAAGCAUUCCGGCGCCUCCAUAGAAGAGGCUCGAGAUGCUAGCCCGUGGUUCUUUCCCUCACAGACAUGGAUGGAAACUGUGUUGACGCAGAUUGGCUUUCAUAUUGAGAAACUUGAGGUGGAGUAUCGUCCUACGAAGCUGGAACAAGGCCCAGGUGGCGGCUUGGAUGGUUGGCUAAGACUGAUAUGUGCCGGCAUGUUGGACAGGGUUCCCGAGCCCAAGAGAGAUUCUGUGGUGAAAGAGGUAUGUGACGUACUACGUGAUGUGGUCACCAGAGAAGAUGGCAGUCAGUGGCUUGGAUUUGUCAGGUUGAGGUGUGUUGCAAGGAAGCCGCAUUAGCACAGCUGAAGUAAGCGAGGCACAAUCAUUCCACGCCGGUGCUUUCAUCCUUACUUCACAUCUGUCCUGGAUAUGUCUCCCUUCUUCUAUCUUAUCAGACCCCGGAAUGAGGUAUGUAGCGUACAAGUCAACACCAGAGCUGUUGUCCUCGAGCUGGCAUCUUCAGCUGAGCUACCUCAA